AUGGCGGAUCUAUUGGUCCUGGUCUCCGACACGGACGACGCGAUCAAUAGGGAGUUCGAUCAAUUGAAGGACGAACUGAAAAAAGCCCGAGAUCAACAGCAUCAGCGUGCGCUCCGCCCCCGAUCCCCGAACGAAGUCGCUAGCGCUCCCAACCCACCGUUGGCGACCAUCAUCACCAGACCUUCCUUCGCCGAUUACAGUGCCGACGAUGUACUAGCGCGGGGAAUUAAACGAUCCUACUCCGAGGAAGCGGAAGAUUUCCCUCAGGGCGAGCCUCCUUCCCUUGCGCUUGGUCCAAUAUUUCACGAAUCUCCCCAGGCGGACUUGCAGGAGGCUAUUUCGCGUCUGGAAGAACAUUUCGCGCAAUGGGGGCACUAUUACUACUCAGAUGAGCGCAAGAUAAUGGAGGGGCGUCGCCAUAUGUCGAUCCUUCUGUUGGACAAGUGGACUGAGCAUGUCAUGUCAAAUCCGGGGUUACAUACAUGGCAUGGCUUCCGCAGCUUCGUCCUGCAUCGUGAAGUUAAGAGUCUUGGUUCAGAGGAGGCUGCGCGACGAUACGAUCGCGCGUUUCAGAAACCGACGCAGUCUGUGAGAGAUCACGCCAGCCAUCUGACCCAGCUGGAGCACGAGAUGGGGGUCGUCUUCGACGAUGAUGAACGCAUUCUUAAGCUCUAUGAUACCAUUCUUCCGGAGGUGCGGGCAAUAGCGGAUCAUCCUCGAUGGCACCAAAGUGACUUUCGCGCAUGGGUCAAAAGGUUAAGCGCAGUGGAGCUCCAAAUCCCCUGUCGGUAUCAAGUGAUUGGCAGGAAGUUGGAGAUGCAGAGAAAGCGGCGUCGGAUCUGA